AUGUUGGGCUUCGAGGUGGCCGGAAUCAUCCUUGGGACUCUCCCGAUCUUGAUCACUACGAUUGAGUUCGUCCGGGAAAGGGUUUCGACAAAAGGAUAUGACAAGCAGCUACUACGCCUCACCAGCGACCUCAACAUCGAACAGGGUAAACUCGAAUACGUAUUCGAGAGCCUCCUUGACGGCUUGGUCCCCCCUUCGCGGUUAAAGGCUAUGAUCGGCGAUCCCGUAUUCCACGAAGCCAUCCAGAACAUCAAGCAGUCGGUCGACGCCCUCGCGGCCAAGAUGGAUGCCCAACAAGAUAAGGAGCCAUCUCUCCUGAGACGAUUCAUGUUCUCUUUGGAGCAUGGCAAAAACACUGAGCUACUGGCCGACAUCAAAAGCAACAUUGCAAACCUCGAGACGAUCACUCAACAAGCUCUCAAGCAGGAGCAGUCACGCCGAGUGCGCUAUGAAGGGAAGUUUUGUGUCAAGUCUCAAACCCUGACCAAGAGUCUAUACCGAGCCAUUCACUCCAGCCUGUCGAGUUGCUGUGGUCGCCACGAGAUCGGGUUGAGGCUGGAGACAAGGAAGACCAUCAUAGCACCUCACGAUAAUGAUGACGGCGUCGCAAGCCAGCUGGAAUUCCGGAUUGCCGUCUCAUGCGGCGAUGAGGGCAAAGAGUCGCCAUGGAAGGAUGUGCUCGCCUUCAAGUCCAUGGUGGCCUCGAAGGCAACGAGUGGCGCCACCGCCGCUGCGUCGAGCCGUGAAAAGUCCAUACGGGAAAUGAUCGGCCUCAGCACUUUAUACUCGGCCCUGGGAGUGCCACCCAGCGCUAUUGCCCAUGCAAUAACGGUCCCCGUCCUACGGCACGAUUAUCGACCCUCGAGGAGAUACGUCGUCAGCCCAACCACGGCAGCCGGUUUCUGCGCCUGGAAGACCGUCUCCCUGCGAGCUGCCCUUCAAGGCGAGGGCCCGUUGCCCCUCAGCCUGCGAGCGCGCUUCCGCAUCGCCGUCAUUGUCUCGUCGAGUGUGGCCCAGCUCCACGGCAGCCCCUGGCUACCGCAGACGCUCACCAGCGAAAACGUUCACCUUUGCGUCGACGCGGGGACCGGGCUUGUCCUCUCUUGCGGCGACCCUAUCCUGAACCCGGUGCUACUGUCGCUGGGCUACCUGCUCCUGGAGCUCCUCCUCGGAGAGAAACUGGAGUCGUUCCGGGCGCCGGCGCAGGCCGCCGAGUCCACGGUAGCCGCCGCCAUGGGGCGCAACAACUAUUCCGACUAUUGCACGGCGCAGCGGGCUCUGGAAAUGGCCACGUUCCCCGAGCGGGGACUACCGAAGUGCCGUGUCGCGGUGCUUGGACGGGGAGCUACACGAGACUGA